GCUGCAUCGCGGUGUGGAGAGCCGACGACAGCAUAGUGAACGUGGACUUCCUCAGUCUACCGUUCCAGGCGAGCGCCAGAUCGGAAACUCCACCGAGUGGAUCGUAUUGUGGUGGAACCGUGAGUGGCUGCUCCAGGAAAGACGUUUUCCGGACAACCAGGCUCCCGAACCCAGGGAACAUCCUCUCAGGAAUCGGAUAGAGAGCUUCGACUCUAGGGUGGAGAACCACCGUCCGCAGCAGCGUGUUUGGACGCGGGUCGAGAUGGCAGGCCUCUACCCGAUUUUCGCGACGAACGAUUUCCUGUCGAGUUGCGAACAGCUCUCGAAUUGCCAUGUGGUCAUCGACGGUUCAAACAUUCAAUACUUCUUCGCGGACCGCCGCAACGCCCUCUCGAGCCUCCAAUCGUACGCACAAGCUGUGAGGGAUUACUUCCAUGAAUUACUUGAGGCGAAGAUCACCCCCCAUGUCUUCUUCGACGGACCUUCGAGUGAUGCGUCCGAAAAAUGGGAGCGUGCCCGCAGACAUCGACAGGACCGCUUGGAAAUGUUGGCCGGUCAACAUCCGUGGCAUGAAUUCUCGGCGUCCCCUGCUAUCUCAGAUAUAUUCCAUCGCGUGUUGGAUUCGAUGGCGAUCCGCAAGAUUCAGGUUUCUGCGAAGCGUGACUACACCGACGAGAUGAUUUCACAUGCAAAGUAUUUCAAUGCUACUCUGAUCUCGGGGAAUCUCAAAUUCUACGUGGAGGAUCUACCGUGCGGUUUUUCUCCUCCCUCUUCUCUCUCUCUGAGAGCGAUGGGAGGCUGUCGACCGCGAUCGAGUUGCGUCAUUAGAAUCUACCGUUUCCAGAGAUUUCGCGAUCUCAUUAAUCUCGGCGAGUCGCCUAAUCCUCACGCUCUCAGGAUGUGGAUAACCGUUCUGUACAACAAAGACGUUUUCGGGGAGUUUUCAAAACAUUUCCUCCCAGAAGCUGAUCGAUCUGCUCCCUUCUACCCGACGGGGAGAAGGGAGUGGAUUCAUGCGUUACUCUCUUCGAAGAAUAGAAGAUCCGGCCCGCUAAAAUUACUUCAGUUCUUCCUCGAGAACACUUACGAUGAUGCUUCGCAUAUAAUAUACCGACAGCUGUAUCCGAACCAUCGUACCCAAGCGAAGCGUCUUUUCCGUCGAGACCCCCCCAUCGAAGCCCACGACGUGUUCGAAAAAAUCCGAAAUGAAGUGGAAACCGGAGAAUUCUGUCACCAGCAUCUUCCACAAUGGUUCUUGAGCUUCAUAACAGUCGAGUGUAAGCUUGUUCCGGACUUGCUUGAUACGCUCACCAAUAGACGUCACUAUCUGAAGUCGCUGGUGGAGGACUUUGAGAAGAAGUCCGCCCACGACUGCACGAUAUCCAUUCGACGGCUGAUUUACGGAGUUCUCCUCGCGGACUGUGAGGAGAGCGAUGAGGAUAUAUUUGUCGAAGAGCUUGAUCGUAGAGCAGAGGAUCUGCAAGAGGUCAAGCGACGGCCGAGGUGGAAAAUGUGGAGCCCCGGUGAAGAAUCUGAAGAUUUCUUGGUGCCCGGGCUGAAAUCGAUGGAUUCUCUGUCUGAAUCUGAGCGUAGGGACCUCUUCCUGCUGGGCAUGGGUGUUGAAAGAAAACGAAGGAAGGGCAUCGAUUCGGAUGAGCGUUUGUAUAUCACAGCCAUCUUGAUUAACUGGCUUGCUGCCGGGAACGAUAUACGGCGGGCAGAUCUGCUGAGAGUUCUUCUUACAGCCCUCAUUGUGGAAUGGAAGUACGGGAAGCCAAGCAAUAUCUUCGACGACAGAGUGCGAUUGGACGCGGAACUUUGUGCAAGGCUGGCCGUAGACUUCCGGCCGGAGAGCGUGAAGAAUUUACCCGGAUCUUUUGCCUGUAUGCACCCCCUUGCGCAGCUGCACAGCGUCAUGUUCUUUGGAAGAUGUCUGCACAGACUCUUCAUGCAGCCGUUGGGCCCGAAUUCGGAUAGUGUCGAGACCGUGGUGAACGAGGUUGUCUUCUAUCACAUUUGUCAGCUCACGCAGAAUAUGGACGAUGUGUCUCUGGAGGAAUUCAUAAUCGAAAUGGUGACUGAGAGUGGUCGAGGGUCGUUCGAGAACGCACUAGACGCGCUCUGGGACAGAGACUCCAAAGAAAUUGCGGAGACAAUCAUCGAAGGCUUUGUAGGCGAUGAUAAAAGGUCCUGA